AUGGCUGUGGCUAUAGGAGAAGCAAGACCCUCUUCGGAUGUUAAUGCUGUGAACCCUCCACCGCUUCAGUCACCGCGUGGAAUCCAGAAACGCGAACGCGUGAACCAGGCGCGGAGACGGAACGGCGCCCUGAGUUCCCACGAGCGCGCAGUUCCGUCGGUGCACGUGUCCCAGGGUGCAACGUCGACGACACGCGAGACAUAUUCAGGGGUGGGGGGCAGGCAGGCAGCCAACCCUGCCUUCGACGGAGCCCUGCCCCUGGGGUCAGAGAGUGCAUCACGACCACGCCUCCGACGGUGCUCUCCAUUGAGGGACGCGGCUGCUUGCGCAGAGGUCUGCAGUAGCGCCGCCGCCUCGAAACUUCCCGGCCCGGCCUCGACCGGCUCGUGUGGGGCCGUCGCGUCCCGCCUGCGGCUGAGCCAAUGGGCUGGGCUGCGUCGGGGCUCACACUGCCCCCUGCGGAGGCGGACCUCGGCGGCGUCGAGCGGGAGCCGAGCGGACUAUGCUAGAGCCCUCGGCGCCGGGGCAGCGGCGGGAUCUGCGCGGGGAUCGUGCUGGUGGUGGCGGUGGUGGGAUCCCAGCCCGGGAGGGGGCGCGCGGCGGGGGUGGCUGGCGCCGAGGCAGAGGGAGAGCUCCCUGCCCGGGCAGGAGGAGCCCCUCGCCGCCGCCGCCAGAGCGCUGGGAGUCGCUGCGGCGGCGCGGAGAGGCGGCCAUGCGGGGGGCUGGCUGCUGCUGGCUUGGUGGGCAGCCCUCCUCAAUAUGGUCCUCGACUUCCACGGCGCCGGCAGCUGCCCGCUCGUCUCCAGCCCGCGGCGCUGCUUCGCGCCGCACGCUCCACGGCAGCUGGGCUCCGGCGGCGCGGCGGCGGCGGCGGCAGCGAUGAUUUCGGGCUCGCUGCACCCGCCCCGCUUAGGGAUAGGCGGCAAGCUCUUGCAAGGGGUCACGGCCAGCCCCGGGGGAGGCGGCCAUGCGGGCAGCGGCAGCGGCGUGGGUAGCGGCGCCGGCAGCAGCAGCAGCCCCAGCCCGGGCUUCGUGGACGUGGGCAACGACACGCAGUGCGGGGAGCAGAUCCUGAGCUACGGCAACGUGGAGAAAGUGGUCAUCGGGGCCGCGCUGUCGCUCAUCACCCUGUUGACCAUCGCCGGCAACUGCCUGGUGGUCAUCUCCGUCUGCUUCGUCAAGAAGCUCCGGCAGCCCUCCAACUAUCUCAUCGUGUCGCUGGCGCUGGCCGACCUGUCGGUGGCCGUGGCCGUCAUGCCCUUCGUCAGCGUCACCGACCUCAUCGGCGGCGAGUGGAUCUUCGGCAGCGUCUUCUGCAAUGUCUUCAUCGCCAUGGACGUGAUGUGCUGCACCGCCUCCAUCAUGACCCUCUGCGUGAUCAGCAUCGACAGGUACCUUGGAAUCACCAGGCCUCUCACCUAUCCCGUAAGGCAGAAUGGGAAGUGUAUGGCUAAAAUGAUCCUGAGCGUGUGGCUGCUGUCGGCUUCAAUUACUUUGCCGCCCCUCUUUGGCUGGGCUCAGAAUAUCAACGACAACAAAGUUUGCCUCAUCAGCCAAGACUUCGGUUACACCAUUUAUUCCACGGCGGUGGCGUUUUACAUUCCCAUGUCCGUGAUGCUUUUCAUGUACUACCAGAUCUUCAAAGCCGCCAAGAAGAGCGCGGCCAAACAUAAGUUCGCCGGUUUCCCCCGCCCCGAAGAAAACGAAGGGGUCGUUUCGGCGAACGGCAUUGCGAAACUGCACAAAGAAUCGGAAGAGUGCACAAAUUUUUCGCGGCUGCUUAAGCACGAGCGGAAGAACAUCUCCAUCUUCAAGAGGGAGCAGAAAGCCGCCACCACCCUGGGGAUUGUUGUCGGGGCGUUUACGGUGUGCUGGCUGCCGUUUUUCAUACUUUCCACUGCCAGGCCCUUUAUCUGCGGGACGUCUUGCAGCUGUAUCCCGCUGUGGGUCGAGAGGACAUUUCUCUGGUUGGGUUAUGCAAACUCUCUCAUCAACCCCUUUAUAUAUGCCUUCUUCAAUCGGGACCUGAGGACAACCUAUCGCAACCUGCUGCAAUGCAGAUAUAGGAAUAUCAACCGUAAGCUAUCGGCCGCAGGCAUGCAUGAGGCCCUGAAGCUUGCUGAAAAGCCAGAGUUUGUUCUGUAAGGUCAUUUUGCCUUUUUAUUACACUUAUUUGCUAGUUCUUUGUGUAAGCUUCCUCUUCCAAGUAACACCAAAUACAGAUAAGAAUGAUUGUGUCUGAUUGCAGAUUAUUCCUUUUUUAGUUGAAGAUUUCUGUCAGUCUUAUCCCAGUCUGUUGUGGCUUUCCCCUCAUAAAUCUGGAGAGAAUGCUAAGAAUUAGGGUUCCCUUUCUCUACCCAACUACAGUUGCCCCAGGAAGACAGAAUAACAAAUAAAUAAGUUUACCUGUGAGUGCUUAGCAUCAUCGUAGUAUUGGAUACCCCAGUACCAAAAUUCUUUGUAUUAAAGCAGUUGUAUGUGAAGAGGGUGGGGUUUUUUUUUUUUAAAGAUACUGAGAAUCUUAAUUUAGGAUCUCUGUUUGAAGAUCUUCUAGUGUGUAGCUAUACAAAACUGUGUUACUCCAAACUUGGUAGCUGCUUAUACUUUUUCUUUCUUUCCAGGAGACCAUAACCACAAACUAGCCGUCAGGCCUAAUAGUUGUGGGCACAUAGCUGUUGUUUUUAAAGCUCUACUUUGUGAUUGGAUGCUGCCAUUGAUUGGCUCCCAUUGUUAUUUCCUGCACUCCUCAGAUUACCAGCCAAAUCUGGUGAAUGAUCCAUGGAGCAUUUUGUCCGAAUGAUUAGGUGCAUGCCUGCUUGGUGUCUUCUAGGCAUAUUUUCCACUGUUUCUUGAAGUUUAAACUUGACAAUCGUUUAGAAAGCAUAAGCGUUUCGUAGGACAGAUGGACCCCAAAUAAACAAUGGUUUUGCUGAUCACAGCCCACGAGUGGAAUCUCAACAUUAUUUACUUUGGGGCAGCCCCAAAAACUUUUUUUAUAGAAUAAUAAGUGGCUUUGGGAUUGCCAGGUCCGCUGAGGCUAACUGUUGCAAAAGGUGCAUCUUUGAACCCUGGGACCUUGACCCAAAUCCUUGCUGAUCCUGUAUUGAAGUUGAGAAACUAACGAAAAGAAGCAGUGCUAUCUUGAGAGCUUUGAUACGUUACUAUUAUUUGAAAACAUUGGAAAGACAAACAUAGACAACAGGGUGAAUUGUAUAACUGGGGUGAGGAACUUUUGGUCCUCCAGAUGGCGUUAGACUCCAACUCCCAUCAGCCCCAGGCAGCAUGGCCAAUAGUAACCGAUGAUGGGAGCUGGAGUUCAGCAGGAGGGCCACAGAUUCCAUAGUCCAAUUGUAUAUGAUGUGAUCCAGACGGCCCUUUUAGGCAUGUACAAAUACAUGCACACUUGCAUUAGGGCAUAGAUAGCCAAUGCUGCUGACUACAACUCCCAUCAUCCCUGAUUAUUGGUCAUACUGCUCAGGGCUGAUGGGAGUUGUCGUCCAAAAAAUCUGAAGCUAUGACGUUGGCUUACCCCUGCACUAGGAUAUCAUUCUCUCUCUCUCUCUCUCUUCUUUUCCUUUUGGCAGCAGAACUUGGUACUCCGCUGGGCCAUUUCUGGUGCUACCCUGCAUUUGGGGAACAAUCUGUUCAGUAGCACAGUGGUCUCAAAAGCCUGACUGCACAUUCCAACUUCUCUGCACAGCCCUCUGCCCAUGUUGUGUAGUUAAAGGAACAGGAUGACUCCCUCCUCUGCUGUUAGUGGGAAUGAGGCCCGUGUGAUCUGUUCAGGUGUUUGCUCAGGUGGUCUAUUGGCAGGACUUUGCUGAGAGCAUCUGCUUCUUUGUAGGAAAAUUGGCCCCGUGUGCUCUCUCACUUAGCCAUAUUUCUAGAGAAAGGAAGUUAUUGUGCUCUCCCUCUCCCCCUUAUUGGGGGCAUGAAAGCUAUCAAGCGAAAGUAACACUAGGCAGCAGAACAUGAUGAACAAUGGCAGGAGUGAUGUAAGGGUUGUUGCUUCCAGAUCAUUUUUGUUUUAUGUUUUGCCCAGGUAGGGUUUCUUGGGGGUGUGGGGCAGGGGGAAUUUGCUUUUGUUUUGUUUUUCCCCCCCAUUUGGGGCGUAUAUUCCUAUCAGGAUCAGUUUUUCUCCCUUGAACUGAAUGUCUACCAUUAAGAUCCAUUAAGGGAUUUGCUUUUGCAUUGUGGUAUUUUGAUAUAUUUAUUUACUGUUGUUUUAUUGCAUUAGUUUUAUUUUAUACUUUUGUGCACUGCUCUGGAAUAUUUUGACGAAGGGUGG